AUGUCCGUCCAACAGGCCCAGAAAGAUUAUGACUCGCUGGCCACCAAAUAUGAGGACUACGCGUCAUUACCGUCCGGGAAGCUCGAGUCACAGCUGAUCAAGAUCGCUCUCGGCGACUGCAGCGGCCUUAGCAUCCUCGACUUGGCCGGCGGGUCUGGAAUCCACGCCCGAGAGGCCGUGGAACUUGGAGCGGUGCGGGUGGACGUGGUCGACAUAUCUUCCGGAAUGUUGGCCAUCGGCGCCGAGCACGAGGCUUCCCUGGGCCGCGAGGGUGUCAUCCGGUAUCUCCUGGGCAAUGCAACACAACCGUUGUCACACCUCGGGCUGGCCGAGAAGAGCUACGACCUAGUCAUGGGCAACUGGGUGUUCAGCUUUGCCGAUUCGCUCGAGAUGGUGGAGGGUGUUUUCCGCAACAUCACGGCGCACCUCAAGCCCGGUGGUCGCUUUGUCGGGGUUCGAGACAACGACCCUUGGAGCCCUGCACUCGAUGGCAGGUACGGCGGGUCGUGCAGGCAGCUGCAGCGCAUCCCCGGCGGUGUCAGGUACCGCUGCGUGCUUCACUUGACGCCGCCGGUUGAGUUUGAUGGGGCUUGUUUGGAAACCAUUUAUUCGGGCUCUGAAGAGCUCUGGCGUCGAUUUGGAUUUGCGGGGUUGGAGACGGUGCCGUAUGAGCAGGCAGAGGUGGUGCAGAAGGAUGCCGAGUUUUGGCGGAUGUUUCUCGACCGGCCGAAUUUAGCCGUAGUCAUUGCGUGGUUGGAGUCGUCCAAGUAG